UGUCUUACCAGUUGUUGUUUGUUUUUAAGAAUUACAACAAAAUAAAGAUUUUGUUUGAUUACCACAAACCUGUUCGCAAUGUUUUGGACGAUUCUUGUUUUGUUGGUAUCGACAUUGACAUGCAUAGCAGCCCAGUUCACUCCUAGUCCCGAACUUCUGGAUGUUCUGAAAGCCGAGGGACAUUAUGGGAUUUUCGCUGACCUUUUACAGACAACUGGAUACAUAGAUAUCCUCAAUGCAACAUCACGUUUCACUGUUUUCGCGCCAAGCGAUGAAGUGUUCAAUAGACUUCCGGCUGGAACUCUGGACUCGCUCAAAGCGGAUGCCAACAAGUUGAAAAGCGUCAUAGGCUACCACGUGGUCCUGAACACGGCUUCUACUUUCUUCAAUUCCAACGCUCAAGACAGACUUUUGAACUCUGCCACCAACCAGUCCAUCAGAAUCAAUUACUACAGUCUUACACAUACUCAGACCGCCGAAGGAAUCAACAUCACAAGGAAAAACAUCCGGGUUCUUAAUGGAGUUCUUCAUGAGAUUGAUGGAGUGCUGUCCCCUCCUUUAGGAAAUUUAACCCAGAUCGGCAGCGUCAGAAACGACAUCUCCACGUUUUUAAGUCUGAUUCAGAACGCAGGGCUAAGUGUCAGCCUUCUCUUCACGGCGGACCACUCCACCACUAUAUUUGCACCCAACGACGACGCCUUUAAAAAUGUCAGUAAAUCCGUCAUGGACUAUCUCAAUGGCCAUCCAACAGACCUAGCAGAGGUGUUACGGUAUCACGUGGUCAGCCAGUACUCCCUGUACAGUAUUGGCAUGGCUAACAGCAUGAGUGUUCUCACGGCUGACCUACAUUCGGAAAACCUGAUCAUCUUCAAAGACGACAGCGGCAAUCUGUCUGUUAACCAAGCCAAAAUCUUGGCAAAAGACAUCAGUUCAGUUAACGGAGUUAUCCACAUCAUCGACACUGUCCUGAUUCCACCCCGUGUUGCUAUCGCCAUUCAAGACCAGGGAGUAGUCGUCGGUUUAUCCAGCCUAUUUGUCAAGCGCGAUUGGAUCAAACUUAAAAUCCAUUUUAUUAUUCUAUUUAUUUUCUUGACGAUUCUCAAGAUGGCGUGGAGGAAAUUGUCACUGAUCUUUUCAUUCAUUGCAUUAUCAACAGCACAGUUUACUCAAGCUCCUCAACUUGUGGAUGUCCUGAAAGCCGAAGGACACUUUACAAUCUUCACAGACCUUUUGCAGACGACAGGAUAUCUAAGUCAAUUAAAUUCAUCGUCCCAAUUCACUGUUUUCGCGCCAAGUGAUGAGGUGUUCAAUAGACUUCCGGCUGGGGCUCUCGACUCGCUCAAAGCGGAUGCCAACAAGCUGAAGGAAGUCAUAGGCUACCAUGUAGUCCUAAACAGCGCCUAUUCCUUUUCACCCUCAAGCACCCAGGACAGAAUUUUGACGACUGCUAUCAACCAGCCAGUCAGAAUUAACAGUUACAGCCUCUCACACAUUUCCACAGUAGAGGGCGUCAAUAUCACCAGGAGAAAUGUGCGCGCGCUGCACGGAAUUCUUCAUGAGAUUGACGGGAUUAUGUCCCCUCCAUUAGGAAACAUAGUCCAGAUUGGUAGCAACAGAAGUGAUAUCUCCACAUUUGAGAGUCUGAUAACUAAAGCAGGGCUAACUAGCUUCUUCACAACUGAUCAUUCCACCACGAUAUUUGUGCCAAACGACAGUGCUUUCCAGAAGUUGAGCAAAGAAACACUGGACUACCUGGCUAACCAUACGUCCGCACUAGCAGAUGUGCUUAGAUACCAUGUCAUCAGUCAGUACUCUCUGUACAGCAUUGCAAUGGCACAUAGUGCCAGCGUACCAACAGCCGACAACAGAAAUCUCAUGAUCUUCAAAGACGCCAGCGGCAAUCUAUACGUAAACCAAGCCAAGAUCUUGGAGAAAGACAUUAGCUCAGUAAAUGGAGUUGUCCACAUCAUCGACACUGUCCUGAUUCCACCACAAGUGGCUGUCGCCAUUCAAGACCAGGGAAUAGUCGUCGGUUAAUGUCAUAAGUGAACUAUAGACAUGUACCUAUAUUUGUAAAAUGAUUGAUUGUAUUUUUCAUUUGGUAAAUAAAAUGUUUUCUUUUGUUUCAUUUC